AUGAAAGACCGCUUGAAAGAGUUACUGGAGAGAACUCAGAAUUCUCCUGAUUCAGGAAGCAUAAGUUUUAACCCUCUGUCCGAGGAGGAAGAUGGCACUGACAAGUCUGUGGUCGUCGGGGUCAUAACACCUGAGGCCGUGAUAUUUGAGGAGGAGCCAGUCAUUGACAACUUUCUAUCGGAAGUUCAGCAAAUCCGAAAUGAUAUUGUUGCACUGGAAAUCGAGGUCCUUAAAUUCGGCCAACAACAAAAGAUGUUGGUUGCAACUAUGCGCCGUUUCAGUAUAAUGAAAAAAGAGAGCAGCAUAACGAGGGACAUCAAGCUCCAAGCUGAGAGCCUCCACCGACGUCUGGACAAGCUUUCCAAACAGGUGCAAAAAACAGAAGAGCAGCACGGUCCUACUGCUGUUACAACAAGAAUACAACGCUCUCAGCAUACAUCAGUCUACCUCAAAUUCCAGCAGGUAAUGCGGCAGUAUAAUGAAGGACUGUUGACCAAGCAGGAGCGCUGCAAGCACUUCAUUAUCCGGCAGCUAGAAGUCUCGGGAAAGGAUGUGACGGAAGAGGAGGUGAAUGAGAUGGUUGCCACGGGAAAAUGGGAAGUUUUCAAUGAAAACCUGCUAAAUGAUGUCAAAAUCACUCGGUCCCAAUUGUCAGAGAUUGAACAGAGGCACAAGGAACUCUUGAGCCUUGAAAGCAACAUGAUGGAGAUGAAGGACCUCUUCAUGGAUAUUUUUAUGUUGGUGGAGGAACAAGGGACCCACAUUGAGCACAUCCAGACCAAUGUGGAACGGACCCAGGACUAUGUGGCAGCUUCUAAUGAGAAGUUCAAGUUGGCCGCCAGGUACAAAAAAAAGAACCCCCUUCGUCGACUCUGCUGCUGUUGUUGCCCUCCCUGGAAAUGCUGCUUUUAA